GGACAGGAAUCAACAACCCAGGACGGAAUUUCAGAGCGAGGUGGUGUCCCCACCCCUCGGUCCGUGUCUGUAUCCGUUUGUGUGCGUGUGUUCUGGCCGGUGCUCUCGUGAUUCGGUAACCGGGUGAAGAUGGCGGACCCGGCAGAGUGCACCAUUAAAGUCAUGUGCCGUUUCAGGCCGUUAAACAGCUCGGAGGUGACAAGAGGGGACAAAUACGUAGCGAAAUUUCAGGGAGAGGACAGCGUCGUGAUUGGGGGUAAACCGUAUGCGUUUGACAGAGUUUUCCAGUCCAACACGUCUCAGGAGCAAGUGUACACGGCCUGCGCUCAACAAAUCGUCAAAGAUGUGCUUGGUGGAUAUAACGGAACCAUUUUCGCCUAUGGUCAGACGUCAUCAGGCAAAACGCACACAAUGGAGGGAAAUCUUCAUGACACAGAUGCAAUGGGAAUUAUUCCCAGAAUAGUACAAGACAUCUUUAACUACAUUUACUCUAUGGAUGAAAAUCUGGAGUUCCACAUUAAAGUGUCAUAUUUUGAGAUAUACCUGGAUAAGAUUCGGGACCUAUUGGAUGUUUCAAAGACUAAUUUAUCAGUACAUGAAGACAAAAACAGGGUUCCUUAUGUCAAGGGUUGCACUGAGCGAUUUGUUUGCAGUCCAGACGAAGUGAUGGACACUAUUGACGAGGGCAAAUCUAACAGACAUGUAGCUGUGACAAACAUGAAUGAGCACAGCUCCAGGAGUCACAGUAUCUUCCAGAUCAAUGUGAAGCAGGAGAACACUCAGACAGAACAGAAGCUCAGUGGGAAACUCUACCUGGUCGACUUGGCAGGCAGCGAGAAGGUCAGUAAAACAGGAGCUGAAGGCGCAGUGCUGGAUGAAGCCAAAAACAUCAACAAAUCUCUGUCAUCCCUGGGCAACGUGAUAUCAGCCUUAGCCGAGGGUUCGGCGUACGUUCCUUACAGAGAUAGUAAAAUGACAAGGAUCUUGCAGGAUUCUCUGGGUGGGAACUGCAGGACCACCAUUGUCAUCUGCUGUUCUCCUUCCUCGUACAAUGAGGCUGAGACCAAAUCCACUCUUAUGUUUGGACAGAGAGCCAAGACCAUUAAGAACACAGUGAGUUUGAAUGUGGAGCUAACAGCAGAGCAAUGGAAGAAGAAAUAUGAGAGGGAGAAAGAACGGAACAAGAGCCUGCGAAACACCAUCACAUGGCUGGAGAAUGAACUUAACCGCUGGAGAAACGGUGAAACGGUACCUGCAGAGGAGCAGUACGAUAAGGAGAAGGCUAAUGCUGAAGUGUUGGCGCUGGAUAACACAAUUAAUAAUGAUAAAUUUGCAUCCACACCAAGCAUGCCACCUGUGCCAGGAAUGCUCGGGGCCCGACUCACCGAUUCUGAGAAGGAUAAAUGUGAGGUUGAACUCACCAAACUGUACGAGCAACUUGACGACAAGGAUGAAGAGAUUAAUCAGCAGUCUCAGUUGGUGGAGAAGCUUAAGCAGCAGAUGUUGGACCAAGAGGAGCUGCUGGCCUCGUCACGACGAGACCAUGAUAACCUGCAGGCGGAGCUGAAUCGUCUGCAGAUGGAGAACGAUGCGUCUAAAGAGGAGGUGAAGGAGGUGCUGCAGGCACUGGAGGAGCUUGCCGUCAACUAUGAUCAGAAGAGUCAGGAGGUGGAGGACAAAACCAAGGAGUUUGAAGCGCUCAGUGAAGAACUUAGUCAAAAAUCUAGCACCCUGGCAUCUAUAGACUCAGAACUGCAGAAACUGAAGGAAAUGGCAAAUCACCAGAAGAAGAGGGUAACUGAGAUGAUGUCGUCACUGCUCAAAGAUUUGACUGAGAUUGGCAUUGCUGUGGGCAACAAUGACAUCAAGCAGCAUGAAGGCAGUGGUCUUAUAGACGAAGAGUUCACUGUAGCCAGACUCUAUAUCAGUAAGAUGAAGUCAGAAGUCAAAUCGAUGGUCAAACGUUGCAAGCAGUUGGAAAACACACAGUCUGAGAGCAACAAGAAGGUGGAUGAAUCUGAGAAGGAGCUUGCGGCAUGCCAGUUGCGCAUCUCCCAGCAUGAGGCAAAAAUUAAAUCUCUGAGUGAGUAUCUGCAGAACGUAGAGCAUAAGAAGAGACAGUUGGAAGAGGACGUGGACUCCCUUAAUGAGGAGCUGGUCAAAAUCAACGCACAGGAGAAAGUUCAUGCAAUGGAGAAAGAGAGUGAGAUUCAGAGUGCCAAUGAGGUGAAGGAUGCUGUUGAGAAGCAGAUCCAGAGUCACAGGGAGGCCCAUCAGAAACAGAUCAGCAGCCUGAGAGACGAGCUGGAAACCAAAGAGAAACUUAUCACUGAUCUCCAAGAUCGGAAUCAGAAGAUCAUGCUGGAGCAGGAGCGUUUGAGGGUGGAACAUGAGAAACUCAAAUCCAAUGACCAGGAGAAGAGCCGCAAACUACAUGAGCUCACUAUGAUGCAGGACCGCAGGGAACAGGCCAAACAGGAUCUAAAAGGCUUGGAGGAGACUGUGGUGAGUGCAAUUCCUCAUUUAAGCACUAAAGGGAGGCAACAGAUGACAGUUGUAUUCACAUCAUGUAGCGUGUACAUUCAAAUAUUAAAUAUUUUCUAUCUAUUUAAGGCAAAGGAGCUGCAGACUUUGCACAACCUCAGGAAAUUGUUUGUUCAGGAUCUGGCUACUCGGGUUAAAAAGAGUGCAGAGAUGGACUCUGAUGAAACUGGCGGCAGUGCUGCUCAGAAGCAGAAGAUCUCUUUCCUGGAGAACAAUCUAGAACAACUCACCAAGGUCCACAAACAGCUGGUGCGUGAUAAUGCUGACCUGCGCUGUGAGCUUCCUAAACUGGAGAAGCGUCUGCGGGCAACAGCGGAACGUGUGAAGGCUCUGGAGUCGGCGCUCAAAGAGGCCAAAGAGAACGCAGCUCGCGACCGCAAACGCUACCAGCUGGAGGUGGACCGCAUCAAAGAGGCCGUGAGAGCCAAAAACAUGGCCCGCAGAGGACACUCCGCACAGAUAGCUAAACCCAUCAGGCCUGGACAGCAACCUGUAGCUUCUCCUACACACCCCAAUGUGCUGCGUGGAGGGGGUGGCGUCCUCUACCAGAACAGCCAACCUAUGCCCAUCAGAGGAGGUGGCGCUAAACAAGAGAAGAGCUGAAGACGAGUUUUUUCCCUCACUACCGAAGCUGCGAGAAUGCAAGAAGUCUUCAUGGAAAUGUCAUUCCAUUAACAUAAUCCCUCCUGCUGGUGCACAUGGGAGGACGUCCCAAUCGAAAUAUUCAUGGCUGUACAGUUCCACUCCCCAUCUGUUUUGUUUUUUUCCCUCCAAAGCAAAUUAUUUUAUGAAUAUUGCACUCUCACACGUGCACCGAACAUGAUAUGACAAGGAAAUCAAGAAAUAAACGUUAGCAAAGUGAACAAUUGACCACGACCCAGAAGCCUGUGCUAUCAGCUGUAAUCUGUCCAUUCAUCUGCAGUCCUCAGCUGCUCUCUGCACACCUGUAACCUCUGUCAAAACUACUGCCUGAUAACCGUGCAAAAGACCUCGCUCCUGGCUUCACUUCAUACGGGUCAGGGUCUAGACUGCAGCAAGCUUGAAUAGAAAAAUACCUGAAUAGAGAAUAUGCAAGCGUGCUCGUCCGCAGAUCGCCUGUAUCACUACAAACUCAGAUAUUCCUGUGUGAAAGUACUCUGUCUGAACAGGUGCAGAUCUGAAACCCCAUGGUUUUUACUUUCUGUUGUAACUAAUGGUUGUAAAGGGGAAGGUGGAGAGGAUUGUAGACAUGAGUAACCAGGCCUUACACAGCAGGCUAAUGCUGUAAGUGUCUCAAUUUAAACAUGUGGUCACAAAUGUUUUUUUUUUUUU